UCAAGGUCAAAGUUUUUCAGCAAGCAACACUACUAUCACUAGGUAUCUAAAACCUGUGUUCAUAAAGUUUCUUUGUCAGAACUUAAGGACUCAACCAGAGAGACCAAAGAGUUCCAUGGCCUGUGAACAACGCUUGCGGCCUCAGCAGAUGCUGCCACAUGUAGUUGCCACAGAGCAGCAGUCACUGGUGGUCGUUAAGAAAUUAUUAGCUAUUGCUGUCUCCAGCAUCACAUAUCUUAGGGGUCUCUUUCCAGAAAAAGCGUAUGGAACAAAAUACGUUGAGGAACAAAAAGUGAUGAUUCUUCGAGAAGAGCGGACUUGCCCUGGUGCUAGUCAGAUUGUACAGUGGUUGCAGGGAUGCUUUGAUGCCCUUCAAAAGAGAUAUCUUCGAGUGAUUUGGUUAUCUAUGUACUCUGAUCCAGAACACCCAGAGAAAGUAACAGAAUGCUACCAGUUCAGGAUACAGUACACUGAAAAGGGGCCUCGGCUGGAUUUUGAAAGCAAAAGCCAGAAGAACAUGACGAGGAUGGACUGCAAUGACAUAAAGAAAGCAAGUAUUCUGUUGGUGCGUAAGCUGUACACACUGCUGCAGAACCUUGGCCCACUUCCUGAUAGUGUGUAUCUCAACAUGAAGCUCUCCUACUAUGAUAAUGUGACUCCACAUGACUACCAGCCACCAGGCUUUAAGGAAGGAGAAAAUAGCAUGCUGGUCUUUCAGAAAGAGCCAGUGAAUCUGACCAUGGGAGAAGUUGUUACACCUUUCCACACCCUAAAAUUGGAUGUCACCACUGAGAGAGAGAGACUGGAACAGGUAGAUGAUAAUGAGCCAAUAUGUGCUCGAGAUAGAUGGACUUUGGAAAUAAAUGAAGAAGAAAUGGUUUGUGUGUCAAAUGUUCAGCAGGAGUUUGUAAACAAAGAAAACAUUGUUAUUGACACUGGCAUUGAGAACUCUGAUCUGAGCAAAGAGGAGAUGCUGGAGAAUUCACAGUUCAUGGCAGACAGUCUUGUAAAAAAGACAGCUGAUCUUGAUGUGGCUUCCAGAAAAACAAGGAGCGGCCGCGUAUUCAACUCCUUAGUAGUAAGAGCGAUAUUAUCUCUGUAUCUUUAUUUGUGUAAGAAAUGUGACAAUAGAAAAGGUACAGUGCCUUCAUCUACAGAAAAGAAACCAGUUUCUCAGUUUCAGUUUCCACUCAGUCAAGACCCUUUGCCUACCGCUCCAAAGAGACGCAAGUUCAGUGUCCCCAAAGAAAACCAUUGACAACAUACUGUAAAAUAACACAUGCUCACGGAAGCUUUGUUUCUAUUAACUAUCUCUGAUUCCAGUUGUUAAAUAAUAUGUUGGCAGCGAUUUCUAUAGUAGUUGAUGGGAUAUAGUAUUUGUGUUUCUAUAGUACUUGUGUUUCAAGGAUGGUAACUAAGUCAAACCUGUUUUCAAGUGUACAAAUAGCUUCUUUUUUUUAACAGUUUAUUUGAUUUUUCAAUAUUCAUUAUAUAUUGUUUGAUUUGAAUUAAAUGCAAAUUUG